AACUGGUUAGUACGGAAAAUAACAUCCUUAUUACGCAUACCCUUGACGUGACGUUUGGAUAUUGUUUCACGUACACUGCGCCUCUUUUUUUAUUUUGCCUCUUUAUACUGCAUGUAUCCUGCAUUCUGAAAUACUGUAAUACGGCUUAAAACAUUAUUUUUAAAAGGCAUUGAAAAGUAUAAUGUAUUACUAUUCAAAGCAUUUCCCCGACACUUCUUCCAGAUUGAAUGUUAACACGAAUAUACACGUCUAAUGUGGUUCUAAAUAUCAGAGAUCGCAAUAAUUAUAUCUCUCCGAUGCUCUAGUGUUCUUAAAAAGCUGUUUUGCCAGCUUCCUUCUGCCGUGUCAGAUGGUAAUCAAGAGCGAGUGUCACAUGAUCGGAAUGCAGGUGCGACAUAGUAACAAUUCUUCUUCCAACAUUCUUCUCAGGACUGAGGCAGGCUGAACAGGACUGGGGACGUGCAGAGGCGCUUGUUCUGACCGGUCACCAUAAAUCAAGUCAGAACCUGUUCGACCACUGCUGAAGAAAAAAUUAGCUCGGUCAGCGCUACAAUACAUACUGUACAAGACAACGAGCUAUACACCUGUUACGGCACUUUGUUUAAGCGAUUUUUAAAGACAUUUCGGCGAGCGUGAAUAACUCAAGCUACAAGACAUUACCAAAAGGGGAUUUGUUCCUGUAAUGGUCAACAGAGUGCACUGCCCCUCAGGCUAGCCAUGUGCAGCUCUGGAGCUACCUCAGGAGGAGAUACGGCGAUGUGAGGAUGCCCCCGGGCUGCAAUGGUCGAGGCACCUGUGGCUUUAAGGAUCAAGCGCUGCAAUGUUUGCAAGAGGAAGAGCCAAUGUAGGGCCGUGCGCUUGCGCCGUGGAGUAGAAAUGAGAGGCUUUGGUUUCUCUGGAGUUAGUUACUGAAACAGUUUUGUACUGUAAAGGUGGGGCGAUGGGUCUCCACACCACAACCCAGUAGGAUGUUGAUUUCAAGGAAACAGAUCUGUAGUAUCGGCAAUAGCUAACGAGCUAUUAAAUUAUUCUCCUAAAAAACUCCCGACUGUCUUGAAGUGUGAACCACCCAGUUUCCACACAAGAAAAGUGUGGGCUGUAUGGGAAGACAUACUGAGACAAUGGGGCUGGUGUGAAGGGUUUGUAUCCCACAAAGAAGAUCGACCUGGGGAAAUAUCCCUUCUCUGUGAAAUGCCAAGGGGGCACAGUGAUCCCAGCUCCUUAAGCAUGGAUUUGCAUCUCUCGUCAGCGCCCAGGCUACAUUACGGAAUUAAUGGGAACCUGAACAACAUCCAACGACAUUCAUUGAGCCGUAACUCUCACCUUGAGGAUGAUGCCCUGCAGCACCUGAGCCAGGAGGAGAAGGAGUGCAUCCUGUUCUUUGAGGAGACCAUCGACUCCCUGGACGAAGAGCCGGAGGACCCAGAUCUCUCCUCGGGGAGCAGUACUCCAGUGGAAGACUGCCCUACUCCAGCUUCUGCUGAAGACAGGAGUCCAGUCCUUAAGGAGCCGGACAUCAUUGACUUGGUGCAGAUGAACUCUCAGCCCCCAGUGCUCAGGGAGCCAGUGUACCAGCCACAUGUCACAGAUUUUAGGAGCAUCUCCACGACCCCAGAAUCACAUUUCGAGAUCAAACCGAAACGGGAGUUGAUGAAAAGCUACUCCUCUGAGUUUGUUUUUCCUCCUCUGCCUCCUCCUGUGGCAGAUCACGAAACCGAUUCCUUUCAUUAUCCCGCCUACCAUCCUGUUGGCUCCAUUCCCACACCUGUCCUCAUUGCCCAGAAGAUCGCAGAGAGCCAGAGAGGCAGUGGGCCUUUAUCCCCCACCCCCCUACCCCCUGAGAGAAGAAGCCUGGAACCGGAGAAGAGCCCUCCCCCUUCUCCAGACUACCCAGGCAAACCGGGUCCCGCCACUGGGAGAAAACCCAGCAGGUACCCAGGCAACAUCAACGUCACAAACAGCACCAAGGACUAUAACCAAACCAUUGCCAAAGCAGCUGUCAAAGUUCAAGAACGUAAAGCACAGGUUCUGGCCAACUUAACAGGCGGACCUCUCUCGCCAGACGAGUCAUCAGAAGAGAGGCCAACAAGAAACCUUCCGGCACGGAGCUUUUCCUUCAGAGAUCCAGCACCUGAGCAGUCAAGGCUGGAGGCUUUGUCUAAACUGGGCCUGACAAAAGAACAUACCCCGGCAGGCCCCAGCGUCGGCAAACCCAAGGUUGCGUCGUCCACUUCAGUUUCACCAGGCAAGGCGGAAACUUUUUCUACUGACUGUCACAGCGUCAGUAAUCCCAAAGCAGCAGCUGUCCCGUGUAGUUCAAGCCCCAAGCCAGUCGUCGCAAGCAGACCCGAUCCCCGCAACUUGGACAUCAAAGUUUCUCCAAUUUCCCGCCACAGUGGUGCUCACAGUUUUCAGGUCACCAACACGGCAACCCUAGAACCAAGGGGACCCCUGUCUCCAGAGCUAAGGAGAGCUCGCUCUUCAACCAAGUCAGCAUUCAGACCUCAGGGAAUUACAGUGCAGUUCUCUGGCAGAGGAGCUACCGACGAGUCGCGCAGAGAAGCCCUGAGGAAACUUGGCCUUCUGAAGAACACAUCUUGAAAUGCUUAAAACUUCCGAGUGUGAAAAAUACCUACUAUUUUAUAGAUACGGUCUUGGGUAGAUAUGGUGCUACAGCCUGAAUCUUUUAUUUGAGAAACAUAGUGAUCUGCAUAUUAAACGGGCCUUAUCGUGAAUUCGACCUGUGACCAAAAUUGGAGAACAUCAAGACCUGUACCUUGCGCAGAACAGAAGGAAUAUUUCAUACACAGCUUUUGCGAAAGGAAACAUGGGAUGAAAGAACACACGGAUUGACAGCUCCUAAUAAACUUGGAAGAUGGCAAGACAUUUGUAUAACUUGAUAAGUUGUCUUUUUCAGAGCCAAUCCUACAUAUUUUAAUUAUUGAUUCCUCAUAUUUAUUUGAAUAGCAAUAUUCUAUCAUUGCUUCUUCAUUUCUUUGUCUUCAUUUUCACUGGUUUUUAAGUAUCUACCAGCAGUGAAGAAACUCUUUUUUUUGGUCUUUAUAAACAUAAUUAGCAAUGGGUAUAAAGAUGAAGCAGUGGGCUCGUCAGUGGAUCAUUCAAAUUCUAAGAGCUAGAAUUUGAUUUGAGCCCCAUUUGAGAGACGUGCUUUCCUACUAGCCAGACUUUGGGCAAAUGUCCCCAUUUGGAUUAUGCACAAAAUGCGGUUUAAAGCCACAAAAACCCAGCCCACAACAUAUCCGUGAUCCUAGCCUUCCUAGCAUUGGCAAGGAUCCAGCAAGCUUAUUAUGAUGUUAUCAAAUGGAGCUCUGCAGUCAUUCGUCUGACUCACAAGCACCCCUGGUAUAAUAAUAAUAAUAAUAAUAAUUAAUGGCACCCUAACUGCACCAGUAUGCUCACCAUACACCAGCUAUCAGUGGGGCGGAGAACAGAGUGGUGUAGCCAAAUAAUAGAUUGGGAUAGGGUGGGUUGAGUUGGUAACUGGCCUUUCUAAAUUGGAGAGAACAGUUGGGGGCAGUGGUCGGACUAGUCUAAUUUUGUUUUCAGAAACUGUGACAAGCUGUGAAAGUGCUACCCACAGCCAUUCCAACUAAACUUUCAAGACUGUGAGCAAUCUGAUUUCUUUUAUAUAUGCAGAUAAAUGGUGGUGGAAGUUGGCUUAAGCUAUAACCCAUUUCCAUCAAAAAUAAUCAGUGUGAUAUUUAUUAAUUUGGUUCUGUAUACAAUGGCCAGUAGCAGAGUUUUCUUAAUCAUGCCAUCAGCUGUGGCCCAUAGUUCAGAUGGUCAUCGGUCACAGGUGUUUAAAGUCCAAUGGAUAAUUUUAACAGGAUAAUUCUAAUAUUGAUUUCUAUCCUUGUUUUCAGUUUCCUAUCAUGCACAUAUGCAAUUUUCUUCGAAUUAUUUUCCGUAGUGUUUUCUACUCUUAUUCCUGCUGACCUUGUCGGUCUUUGGCUGCAUUGAAUGGAAGUACUGUGUUCCAUCUAGACGUACAGUACCACAUCUCCUUUGUGUCUAUUGCAGCACAGAACUCCUGUGUGUGGUGUGUGAGAGGGAGAACAUGGUGUAGCUGCUGAAUGUGUGAAGAUGGUAUCAUACUGCAUGUGUGAUGGUGAAAGAACUGUGUGUAUUUUUAUAUUUUUUUUUCUAAAACAGACUCCGGCUUUGUAGUUAAUCUACAGUAAAUAAUGAAGUAUUUGGUAGUAUGUGGUUGUUUGUGCUGUAGUGUGUGUGUGUGUAUAGUUCUCUUUAGACCAGGAGGUUUGCAGGAAAUUUUCCCUCAUUUACACAGUCUUUCUCUCGUGAAUCUUGGCUAUUUAGAAUCACACCCUGCUUAAAAUGUAGUUUUUAGCAUUUAUAUAGCAUAUGAAUUAUUGGUAUAUACAGGGGAGGUGAGGCAUCUGAAAACCCGUUUACAUUAACCUCAGAAUUUGAUGUUUUAUUUGGUGUAUUCUAUAAAACAUUUAUAUUGUCAGACUGUCUAUAAAUAAAGGAGAAUACUGUUUUCUUAUUAACACUCGAUAUAGUUUGUUAUCUGUUACAUUUCUAAGUGUGUGUUAUUUUGUAAGAUGUGGAGUAGCUGCACUGUAAUGAUUAAUCCCACCUGCCUAGAAAUCAUUGACUGGCUGUGACCUUGAUGUGCAAACCUCAAAGACAAAAAUAUUCUGGCCCACCAAAAACACACAGUGCUUUUAAAUAGUAGGAGAUCCAAGGCUUGGUGAAUAUAUUGCCAUAAAAAAAGGAGGUUACCGUGCUUCUUGUAUGUUUUGGAAAGUACUGAACAAGUAUGAGGUGUUCAGUCAGAGCAGAUAAAGAAGAUUCUCAAACACUGGAAUCAUACUGGUGUUCUUUAUGUAGACAGGCGGAUUGUUUCUAUUGAUAGUAAAAAAAAAACCACAUACAGUAGCAACCCACAGCAAUUUCCAGUAGUUCAGCUCAUGGCCUAUACAUGUUAAUAACUCUUAUAUAAAAAUAUUCUGUGGUUUCUCUUUGAUUCUGUUGUUUAAUUGUGUUACCAGGACCAGGGAGAAUGUAAUAAAAGCCAAGUCUGAAACAACUUUGUAAAAGCCUCAACCCCACCCAUUGAAUGUCUUAAUGAGCAGGUAACCAAAACCCAUUAUGGGUGGAAUGUAUUUGAAGAGAGAAAUUGUAUCUGGUGAAUCUAUUCUGAGGGACCUAGGACCUUGAAUACUUGCUAUUUUCAAUCUUGAUGCUCAGUGAGAAGUUGUAGAAGGUUAAUUGUGCUCCUGUUCCCUUCCAGGCAACACUGUAAUCAAAUGUACGAGUCCAUGUUAAGAAACAGUAUAGUCAAUGUCACAUUAAAGUCAAUUGCCUAAAUUUUAUUGGUGAAUCACUGGAAUUCAAAAGACAAAAACAAAACAGACAUCAAGUAUAAGCGUCCUUUUUAGAGCUGAAAGUAAAUUUAAGAAAAGUCCUGUUAGACAGGUAAUAGAAUGGAUCAGAGUAAACUUUUCCAAUUUUAAGGAAUUGCAUAUGCUUCCCAAUUCUACAAAUAUGAGAGUGGGUGGGACGGCUUAAAUCCAUCCAAACACAACUAUGCUUUUACCAAUGUGAAGGAGAAAGAACUGACUGAGUUCUGGACAAAGAGUACACUGUACAGUUCUGAGGUACAAACAUCAAAGGGCAACUGCAAGCCAGUUGCUAAGAAAACAGAUUUUCAAGAUUUGUUUUGAGACCAUAAAUUACAACACUGGCAAAAAUGUGUUUGAGAAAAGACAUUGAGGGUCUAUUUAAAAUGCAGUUUUGUUCCUCACAUUUGUCAUAUGAAAUGUGAAUGUGUUCAUUCUAAUUUAGUUUUCAUCCUCAAAGGAAAAUGUUUUAUUGGCCGUUUAUUAUUAUUGUUUUAUUUGAGAAUGGAUUCAUUAUUGGAACAGUUAAUUUGGUCAUGUGCUCAUUUAAUUAUUUCCUUUGCCCUUUUUAUGUGACAAUAAAAAUGUGUAAAUUUCUCACCAAAUGAUUUCAAUGGUAUUAUAGAAUCCUGAACUCCGUAACUGCACUGAAAUGGACUGUUUGGGUACCUGUUCAGUUCUGUUGGAUUUUGGUUUCCUAAUUAAGUUCAACCAAUAAUUAUAAAAGGGGCGCCUUUCCAAGGAGGUGAUGUUUUUGCUUGGCAGUAGACAGUUUGGAAUGAAAUGCCUGACUGCAUUCCUUGGCAGUCUCUAAAAUCAACACUGCAGUAAAAAAUGAGAAACAACACUUAUUCUCUUCAGCAGUGAGGAGAUAAAGACUGCAAAGUUCAACCUUUUUGGAACCAUGUGGUAAAAUGGUGCCUUGCCUACAUUUUGUAAUAAACCUUCUGUCAGUAACACAGAGAAUAAAAUGUAUGUGUGACGUGACACUCCAA